UCCCUCCGGCUGAUCUGUGGGCACCCAUGGGUGCCGUCGGCCCCACGCAGCCAGCAGGACGCCCAGGAGUUCCUCAAGUUCUUCAUGGACCGACUGCACGCCGAGAUCAACCGCAAGGGCCGCAGGACCCCCAGCAUCCUAUCGGACACCCGGCGGGCGCCCCCCCCCGAGGACAGCGACACCGGGAGCGAUGACAAACGCGCCAACCUGAUGUGGAAGCGAUACCUGGAGAGGGAGGACAGCAAAGUCGUGGACCUCUUUGUGGGGCAGCUGAAGAGCUGCUUGAAGUGCCAGGCGUGCGGCUACCGCUCCACCACCUUCGAGGUGUUCUGCGACCUCUCCCUGCCCAUCCCCAAGAAGAGCUUUGCAGGGGGGAAGGUUUCCCUCCACGACUGCUUCAGCCUCUUCACGAAGGAGGAGGACCUGGACUCGGAGAACGCUCCGGUGUGCGAUAAGUGCCGGCAGCGCACGCGCAGCACCAAGAAAUUGACCAUCCAACGCUUCCCCCGCAUCCUCGUGCUGCACCUCAACCGUUUCUCCACCACGCGGUACUCCAUCAAGAAGUGCUCCGUCUUCGUCGAUUUCCCACUGCAGCAGCUCAACCUGCGGGAGUUCGCCAGCGAGAAGGCGGGCAGCCCCGUCUACAGCCUGUAUGCGCUGUGCAACCACUCGGGCAGUGUGCACUACGGCCACUACACCGCCGUGUGCCGCGACGCGGCCGGCUGGCGGCUCUACAACGACUCCCGCGUUUCGCCCAUCAGUGAGAACCAGGUGCCGUCCAGUGAAGGUUACGUUCUCUUCUAUGAGCUCCAGGACCCCCCCGGCCGCCGGCCCUGAGCCCCCCGCCCCCCCCCCACAGUGCGGGCCGGGCCUGGAGGGAAAGGGGGGGGGGGGCGGGGGGGGGCCGGGCCCCCCCCUUUGACCCCGGGACCACAGACGGGCGGGGGGCGGCUGGACGGAGCUGCCCCCGGAUGGGGCUUUUGUGAAUAAAUUUAUUACAAAAAAGGC